CCGGGCCGGGCCGGGCCGCGCCGGGCCGCGCCGCGGCAUGGGGCACCGGGACCGCAUGUUCAAGGUGCUGGUGGUGGGCGACGCCACGGUGGGGAAGACGUCGCUGGUGCAGCGCUACGCCAACGACAGCUUCAACCGGCACUACAAGUCCACGGUGGGAGUGGAUUUUGCUCUGAAGGUGGUGCAGUGGUCAGAAUCGGAGACGGUACGACUCCAGCUCUGGGACAUUGCAGGGCAGGAACGCUUCACAUCUAUGACCCGGCUGUACUACAGGGAGGCGUCAGCCUGCAUUAUCAUGUUUGAUGUCACUAACAUCAGCACGUUCAGCAACAGCCAAAAGUGGAAGCAGGAUUUGGACAGCAAACUCACGCUGCCAGAUGGGAACCCUGUGCCUUGCCUACUGCUGGCUAAUAAAUGUGACCUUUCCCCAUGGGCAGUGACAAGAGAAGAAGUGGAUCGGUUCAGCAAAGAAAAUGGCUUUUCUGGUUGGGUGGAAACAUCUGUCAAGGAAAACAAGAAUAUUAAUGAGUCUAUGAGAGUCCUGAUUGAAAAGAUGAUGUCCUCAUCCAGUGGUGACAGAAAUCCCUCUGCUUCUGGAAGUGGGGAUUAUAUUAACAUAAAAGAGACAUCUUCACCAGGCUGGACUUGCUGUUAGAUACACUUACUGCACCAUCUCCUCUGGGUCAAGCAGCAAUGUCCUUUUUUAUUACUACUUAUAAAACAGCUCUUGCUGGUAUUUUUACAUGAUAGUGAACUGUCUCCUCUUCAGUGCACACUGGCACUCAGUGAAGCAUUGCUGCAAUGAUUUUGGGGUGAGGAGCAGAAAGAGGAGAGGAGUGAGAAAAGGAUUCCUCUUCUAAUGUAGUGUCAAAUGGAAGUUCUGCUGCUAGUAAGGUAGCGCAGUCUCUAUUCAAGCACAUGGCUCAGAUUAAUGAUUUUUAAUUUAGAGCACUUCAUUGUCUCAUAUGUGGCUGCCUGUCUUGGGCAGGGGUAGGGAUGGGGAAGGAAUAUUUUAAUAGUGUUGCAUCUCUCAUUCUCCACCACGUGUAUACAGAAAACACACACGUGCCAUGCUGAAGUGUUACAGUGAUUUUUUUUUUUUUUUUGAUGCAUGCAAAGCUCAAGUAGUCUCUCUGUGCCUUCAGAUUCACAGUGUGAGAUUACACCAAACUUUACUUAUGCUCUGGAACCACAUACCUCUGUUUACAUGUCAUGGAGAGACCAAAACAUCUCCUCGUUGCCACUAACUGUCCUUAAGAUGCACAGCCAGAUGCAGAUUAGCACAAUGCCAUGUUACUGGACCUGUAAAAUAAUCGGUGUAUGAAUUUGAAUAAUUGUAUAGCACAGCCCUCAUGUAUACUGACUGCAGUGCUUGCAGCAGAGACCUCAGAUUUUCAUCAAGAAUUAUCCAGUUGCCUUAUGUUCAUUUUUUCUCACUCAACCUCUCUAGCACAAGCGUACAUACUCUGUUCUGCUGCCACUUUAUUAGGGCACCAAGAGCUGAACGAGGAAUAGGUUGUAAACUCCUUUGUAUGAUAGAACUACAGUCCUUUUCACUUUUAGAACACCCUAUAACCUACAAUCUCAAAUAGCUUUGCAAUUGCUGAUGAAUUGCCUUCCCACAAUUAUUCUGUACUGGUGAGUGAAUUUGGAAGCAGGGAUGCUGCUGGAGAUACAGCUGUCUGAAAGCCCACCUGCUGGUUUUAGUGGUCCAAGGGGGAAGCAAAGGAGAAGACUUUGCAGGACAAAAGGAAAUGAAGAGAACUGCUCCCUACUUGCCUUUUGAUCCCUGCUUUUUCCUAGUAUAUCUCCCAGGUAUUCAUCGUUAUUGAGAAUGGUUCUUGCCAGCCUCCUUCCCCUCCUCCAUCUCCUCCUCCCUCUUCCCCCCUCCCCCCCCCCAAAAAAAAGGAAAGUGAAAGCACACCAGAUAAUUAUCUUAAAGUUAAUAGGAAACUCAGUCUAUAAGCCUGUGGUUACAUAGUAUUGCAUGUGUGUUAUAAGCAUGCUAUGCUAUAGAAUUAUCUUGCCCAUGCUAUAGGUUAAGAUUUAAACAAAUGCUCUUCAAUAAUGUUUUUACUUUCUCUAGUAGAUUAAAUAAGGAGUGUGUUGAGGGGUGGAAAUGUCAAAUGACUUUUCCUAAAAGCUAAUCUGAAAACAGGACUAUAAAUUUAUUUGUCAAAAUUCAUCCUGAAUUAGGACUGCUCUUUGGCAAAGUUUCCUCUAUCUAUCUUUUAUUAUUCUAUAUAAUCUAAGGAGGGAGAGGGCAGUAAGAACAGGAACUGAUUACCUUCACUGAGUACAAAAAAACUUCUGAAUGUUUGUUCUCGGGAGCUGAAAAGGAUUGAUACAUGAACAAUAAAUGCUAUGGAAUUUAGGCCUAGUGUUUUGUUCUGUUACUUUUAUUAAAAGCUAAGAUAUCUGGGAUAGGAUUCUGUUAUGCAAAUAUUACUAAAUUCAGUUUUAUAGACACUGAAAUAUCAUUCUCCAUGAAUUUGAGUUCACUGGAAAAAAAAAAAAAAAAAAAAAAGUGAAAUAGUAUUGUGGAGAUAGUACCUGAGAACUUGGAAGUAGAACUUAUUAGCAACAAAAUGGAACUGUCCUGUUGAAUUUUACUUCCUGAAUAUAUGAAAAAGGAAGGGGUUUGGGUUUUUUUAGUCCUUUAUGGAACACAGGGAAAAGGGUCUAAUUUUUAAAAAGGCCUAUGAGAUUGUUAAGAUCUGUACAUUAUUUAUUGAUUUCUGUAUGUGCACCUCAAAAAGUCUGAGCAAAGAGUUCAAGUGUUAAAGCUGGCUUUACACAUGAAGAAACCGAGGCAAGCAGCAGAAGAUACUCUGCCCAGGACCAACUAUUCGAGUCAGUAGGAGCUUGGAACUAAUACAGAUUUUCUAAUACCUGUUUCAACAGACUAGCCACUAAGCCAUAUGUAGGAAAACAUCUUUAUAUUGUUUGUAUGUCAGUUUGCUAUGCACCAGUGUCUCUUUGGUUUUUGGAUCCCUUUAUUUUGCAUAAGUGCCUCUCAGAUAUGAGCAAAAAGCCAAAAUAAGAUCUUUGAAUAUUUGUUUAUAUUAUAUAUAAUUUCUGUUCUGGCCAGUGGUUUCCGGUACUGAUGUAUACCUUGAGGUUUUUCUUCCACACAACUUACUGCUUGUUAAUAUCCUACCAGACAUGGCAGACAAGUGUCAGAAGCUAAGCCUACACAACAGAAAGAGUCGUUGCUUGAGGUCUCUCUAAAAACCCGACCAAACAGGAAAACGAUUUGACUGUGCAAACGUGUUUUUUUCAGAGCGCUCUCUGUGGCACAUAAGGUACUUGGGGGAAAAAAAAUGCAGGCUUUCUGGCAACCCUGAUUUAGUCCUGUAAAACAAACUGUAAUUCAGAGGCUCCAUCUAAACGUGUUUUCUGCUGUGUUAGGCAGUACUCAAAGAAUGGUUGCCUCUGAAACAUUGUGCCCAGCUUGUGUUGGUUAUUUUAGUUUUUAAAACAACUGCAGGGAAAAAUCCAACCUGAGUGAAGCAAAGCUUUUAAGAAAUACUUAAUCAAACUUAAAGCUUGUUUGUGCAGACUGGUAAGAAUUUGCUUUAUUUUCGUGAUCUUCUAGAAAUAAAUCAGAAAAGCCUUGUCUUUAUUUUGGGGGAUUGUGCUUAACUAGUGUCAUUUCUUUGAUAGGAAUGACCUGUUUUGAAAUUGAAGACACUUGAUUUUUUUUUCCUUAUGCAGUGCCUAGUUUGACUUUGUACUCUUUACAUGAUGCUGGGCUAACUGUACCUAUUUCACUCUCUUCCACCUGUGUUACUUAGUGCUGUAACUCUUUAAUUUGUAUAAUAGCUUGAAAUUUUUACUGCAAUAGAACUUGAAAUCAUGAGGGUAGACUAUAAUUUAGAAAUAUCUAGUCAACAAUAUAAAAACCGAGCCUUUCUUAACUGCUUGCAGUUAUGCACAAGUAUUUUAGAGACAGGAUUCUGACUGCUGUAAAGUUGCAGUAUUAUGUUUAUAUAAAGAGAAGAAAUUGAUGGGAGGUUUUCCCUGUAUCAAUCAGUAACUAAUGCAGUAUUGCAGAAGUCUGAAAUAGAAGUUUGACUUCGCUUGUUUAGUAGUUGUCUUCCUGUCUCAACAGUCCUAACAGAUGGGUUCACAAGUCCAAAACAAAAACAGUCUUGCUGUCAACAAUAUGUACACAGCAUGCAGUGUGAACUCUCCUGUGUUGCCAACAAAAUAAAUUAAUUGUUUUCAUUGAAA